AUGGAGGAGUGUACGUCAACUGUUUCUGCUGCUGCAGUAGGACUUUCUAUUGGUUUUGGAGAAGCAGCACAAUCUAUGGCUGGCAAGAAGGUCGGUAUAUUCUUCGGGUACCCAGAAACGAAGAAUCGCAUGGAAUGGCGGAUCAUACCAAAAUUAUCAAACAUAUCGAUGUUCAGCAUGACGUCCUUCGGCCAUCACCCGACGGCAGGACCGCUCUUGCUUCAAUUGGCGACUUCCCGCUACUACCUGCACCUGCACUUUGCCCAUGUUUACUAG